CAAAAAUGGGCUCGUUGUCUAUUCAGCCGCCUAGCGGAGCGAUGAGAAAUCUUACGGAAGUAUUUGUUUACCUUCGAAAUGCUACAAAACAAGAACAAUUUUUUGCUGUAGAUUUUGAACAAAAACAAAAUUCAGAAGAUACAGUUCGUUUAAUAAAUCUAAAUGAAGACAAGAUUUCUUAUAACAAAACCCCACCAGCAUGGAUUAAUGUAAUUGAUGAAAUUAAUUAUGAAUUUACAAGAAUUAAAUCGAGAAUAUUUUCUUUGAGAGAAUUACAAAAUAAGAAAUUGCGAAAUCCUUCAAUUGCUGAUGAUGAAAUGACUUCAGAACAAGUUAAGAUACAAGAAUUGACUGAAGAAAUAACAAACAUGUUUAAUCAUGCUAGAAGACUUAUACGCCUGCUGGAAGAUUCAGAUAAUAUUAGCGUUGGUGCUCUUGAUGAAAUUAGAAAGAAUGUUAUUUCCAAUAUGAUGCUUACUUUGACAAAUUUUAUUAAUGAUUUUCGUGUUAGUCAAUCAGAUUAUUUGCGUCAUUUGGAUUCCAACAGUAAAUUGGACUCAUUUCUUGUUAAAUCAGAUGCUACAAUUUUUUCUGCUCCAUCAGAAAUCCCUGUAAUUGAGGAGGAACAAUCAAUUUUACAAAUUCAACAAAUUCUUGAAAAUGAACAUGUUACAAAAGUUAGAGAAAUGGAAAUAUUAAAAAUAAGUAAAUCUAUAUUAGAAAUGAAUGGAAUAUUUAAAGAUAUUGCUUCAAUGAUUGUUGACCAAGGAACAAUUUUGGAUAGAAUUGAUUAUAAUGUAGAACAUUCUUCGACUAAAAUUAAAUCGGCUAUGGAAAGUGUACAAAAGGCAGAAAAAUAUCAAAGAGGCAAUAAAAAGAUGCACUUAAUUGUUUUACUUGCAGGAUUUGCCAUAUUUUUGAUACUUUUAAUUAUACUUACAAAAUUCUGA